GACGUUUUUUUUCAGUUCACUGUUAACUGGUUUGGUUUUUAAGUUUGACCAAGUGGUUCAUUCUCGUGAAAUAUUGAAAAUCAUAACAACUGAAGUUUAUGGUAUAAUACUGAUGCGGGGCACGGUUAUUUGAGUAUUUUUGAGAACACAGAGAUUCAGGCUUCAGAAAAUGCAACUGCAAUUCAAACGCGAGUAAAAACUAAACGAUUUAGAUCGAAGUAACUGAUAUUAGCACUGUUAAAAUGGCUGAAGACAACACAAAAUAUAAGAAGACCGGUACACCGGGAGGAGCUCGCCACGGUGACUCAUUCCAGGUGCACUUACUAAUGAAAAUCUACCAAGGAGCUGCUCGUGAUGAAAGUUUCAAAAAUUUCCGCUUAGCAACCGAAUGGGAAGAUGCCGAAAAAUUCAACGAUGCAAUUCUGGUGUGGGAAACAGAUGACGGUGAAACUCAAAAUUAUUUGUUCAUCCACGCCAAACACAAGCAGUUUCCGGAAAUCAACGAGAAACAUUUUUUUUCCGGUGAAAGAAAACGAAAAGGAAAAGGAAGACUUUUCGAUGUACAAAUAUUUUCAAUCGUUUUGUGACAUUAUGAACAACAGUAAGUUCGAUGGUGGGAACCUUGAUUUUGUGAUCUACACGAAUGCAAAACUAAAUAACAGAUUGAGGUGGUUCAUAGAAGCUGAUUUCCAAACUAGAACUAGAAGUGCUCUGAAUUUACUAGGAGGCAGCGGAGAGUUUUUUAAAGUACGAAGAACUGAUGAAUGCAUAAAGACUUUAUUAGAUUUUAGCAACAAAGAUUUCAACGAUUUACUAGAAGAGAUAGAAAAUGUGUUUAGAGAUAGCAAUGAAAACAUUAAAGCCGAUUUAAUUAAAAAGUACAGCGCUGAAUUAGACAAUCAAGUGUUUUUUCUUAAAAAAGGUGCGGUUCGAUUUACUGCCAGAUUCAAGAAAUAUGAAAAUUUAAACCCUGUAGAAAUGAAACUGCACGAGGUUUUUUCGAAUGGAAACAAAAUGCAAACUAUGAUGAGUACAAAUGAGCAACUGAUCGAAGCACUUAAAUUUAAAAAUCAAUCACAGAGUAGACUUCGAUAUUUUAAAGAAGCAGAUGUUGAGAAGUUUUUUGAAAAAUGCAUCAUUGCUACUAAUCAGCCAAACUACGAAGAACUUGUAAACCACAUAACAGAAAAUUUCAAAGGGAUGCAGGGCUCUGUCUCAGAUGAUUUGUACGCCAAAUUGAUGUUUGUAGAUCUGCGCAAAAUGAUUUACAGUUGGUUAGACUGCAAGGAAAAUGGUUUUUGUCAUUUUCUAAAGAUAACUGAAUUUACAGAGCUUUCAGCGAAAGUCCUUUGUACCAUUGCAGAUUUGAAGCUGGGGAUUUCGACAAACUUAUUUAAAUGCGCGAUGGAGAACUUUUGCAUCAAAUUUGCAAGUUGCAGUCCUCUAGAAAAUUUGAUUGACUCUAAUUUUCCGAGGGUUGUAUAUAAAAGUACCGAAGAAGGGUUUCUAACCUGUCUUAAAGUGUAUCAGAUUUUUCAUAACAAAAAACAAGACUAUCACUAUUUUAAACUAACAAAUGUGCCUCACUUUGAGAAAGAAAUAAAUAGUUUCAAGGACGCGAAUUCGGAAGUUUAUUUUCUACUGGACGAUAAUUGUCCAGAGUCUAAGGUCUCAUAUGACUUUUUCAAAUCAGAUUUGGUUGGCAAUAAAAUCAAACUCAUUUUCUUAACAUCCACUGAAGAUCGCGUCACACAUUUUUUCAGAAAUCAACAUUUUCAUUCGAUUGAUGAUUCAAAGAACAACAUGAAUCUGUUGGACAAUAUUAGUCAAGAGAAACUUUUACAGAAAUCAGUGUCAUUUCAAGGUGUUGAACUUACUUUGCAAGAAUUACUUCCGACUGAAAAUCUUCGUGCUCUCAUAAGUGACGAAAUAGUCGAAAAGUUGAUACAACAAAAACGUAUUGAAAUAGAAACUGCUUUACCUGAAUUGCAACUUGACUGCAAUACACCGAAUCCUCCAUUUACGAACUAAACGGGGGUCCGUAAAAAAAGUUUUGUGUUAUGAAUGUGGAAACCACCCAUCAUAUGGCUAUUUUCGAAACGGAUGUGAAGAGUAAGUGCAAGAAAAUGAAGUUUGGGCUCGUUUCAAAAUCCAAGAUGGCGGCUUCCGGUUAAUUGAUAUUGCUUAAAAUUCCUCACAAAAUAAAAGUAUUUUCGGAACGGGAUUGAUAAGUUGCGAUAACGAUGUUUAAGGUGGUUCUGAAACUCAAGAUGGCGAUUUCUGAUUUCUUGAUAUUCCUUGAAAUAUAUGAAAUAUGAGUAUCUUCAAAAAGAAUUAAUGAGAAUAAAUGAGUUACUUUUUGAAUCAUCUACUGGUUUAUCA